AACUUGAUUUUAGGUUUGCCGAUUCAAGUCCGGGAUGCCGGACUCUCCCUUAAGGAUGAAAUGCCUAAAUCUGACGUUAAUAAAGAAUACUACACCCAGAACAUGGAAAGAGAGAUAGCCAACUCUGAUGGCACCAGACCAGUUGGUGCUCUAGGCAAAGCUACUUCCACAAGUGACAUGCUGCUGAAGCUGGCCCGGACCACCCCUUACUACAAACGGAAUCGCCCCCAUAUCUGCUCCUUCUGGGUGAAGGGAGAAUGCAAGAGAGGAGAAGAGUGUCCCUACAGACAUGAGAAGCCUACAGAUCCAGACGAUCCUCUGGCUGAUCAGAACAUCAAAGAUCGUUACUACGGAAUUAAUGACCCCGUGGCUGAUAAACUUUUGAAGCGAGCAUCAACCAUGCCUCGUCUGGACCCCCCUGAUGACAAGACUAUUACUACCCUGUAUGUUGGAGGGCUUGGAGAUACUAUCUCCGAGGCAGAUCUCAGAAAUCACUUCUACCAGUUUGGGGAGAUCCGGACAAUAACUGUAGUACAGAGGCAGCAAUGUGCUUUCAUCCAGUUUGCCACCCGGCAAGCUGCAGAGGUGGCUGCUGAGAAAUCCUUCAACAAACUUAUUGUCAACGGUCGCAGGCUCAAUGUCAAGUGGGGCAGGUCUCAGGCAGCAAGAGGAAAAGAAAAGGACAAGGAAGGAACUACGGAAUCUGGGAUAAAGCUGGAGCCGGUUCCUGGACUCCCGGGAGCUCUCCCCCCGCCUCCAGCUGCCGAGGAAGAGGCUUCUGCAAAUUAUUUCAACCUACCUCCGAGCGGCCCUCCGGCCGUAGUGAACAUCGCCUUGCCGCCGCCUCCUGGCAUCGCUCCACCGCCACCUCCAGGUUUUGGACCACACAUGUUCCAUGCCAUGGGCCCCCCUCCACCCUUCAUGAGAGCACCAGGCCCCAUCCACUACCCCUCUCAAGACCCCCAGAGGAUGGGUGCCCAUGCAGGGAAGCACAGCAGCCCCUAGCACAUCGUCCCCCUUCCAUCCUUUGAGUAAAUGUUAUUUUCUAGUUUCCAUAGUAGCACCAUAUGUUGAGCUGUGGGCGAAGCCUUCCUUCCCUGCUUGCAGACCCUGGGCGAGCUGAGCCCUGCGCUGCCCUAGCUGCUCGGAUCAUUGGUGUGUCCCCAGUCUUGCACGUAGCGUUUGGAGGGUGGGGAUAGGGCAGGGGCCAGGCAGAAGGGCUAUCCAACAGGCCGUGGAUCAGUCGUAGUAGAAUUACAACGCUGUCAGUGUAUCCCAUUUUGCACAUUUUUGAAAUAAACAUCUGGAAAAAC